CCCACAUACCACCUUGUCCUGUAUAUAUGUGUGUAAGCAUUGAAGUAUUUACGUACGAAUAAGUUUGGAGAGAUGGGGUUCCUCUGUUUUCGAGUUCACAUGACAACAAGAGGAAAGUAGCUGAGUGAUUAUUUCGAUCUGGCCUUUCAAAACACACACACCCCCCCCAACUUUUUAUGCUAUAAAAAGCCAGACCCUUCAUUUCAGGUCAUAUUCUUCACUAACUUGUCUUAAUUGGUAAGCAAGUUCCAGCCAAACAGAGACACAGACAUGGUUUCUACGUUUCAGAAAAGAUUCGACUCACGCAAGAAGCUACGCCUUGUUCGAUCACUACCCACAUACCAAUCCUCUGGAAAACAGAGCAGUGAGUUCUGGAAUGCUGUUCUCUUCCUUCAUAAGCUCAAGCUCAAGCUGGAAGCAAUUGAGAGAGAGUAUUCAAAUCUAUUGUCCAUGAAAAGAGAAUACUUAAACUCUGUAAAGCAAAUUCAUGCCCCUAAGGAAGUGAAGGUUGAGAAGGUCGGAGAAGAGUUGAGAGUGAAAGUGAGAUGCGAAAAGGGAGGGGACAGAUUGGUUACAGUGUUGGAGGCAUUUGACAAAAUGGGUCUUAAUGUUCUGCAAGCUAAAGUUUCGUGUAGUGAAUGUUUUUCCAUGGAAGCCAUUGCUGUCGCUGAAGAUGAACAGUCGCUUAACAUAAGUGAUAUAACUGAAGCUAUCAAUGCAGCCAUUGAUGGAAAAUCAUUGGCUGCAAAUCAGCAGCAGAAAGAAACUCCUAAGAAAGAUGAUGAAAUUUAGUCACUUCCUAAGCUAUCAGUUGAAUGAGAGUGUUUCUUUCCAUCGCAAUCUCUUGUAUUCUUCUUUCUUUCCUGCAAAUUCAAAAAACAGAGUGGUUUUGGAAAAAAAAACAGAGUGGUUUUGGAA